AUGUCUCUUUCUGACCAACUGUCCGUGAUCGCCAAGGCGACUCAGACACUUGCUGUAGACAGAAAGAGCAGAGUCAAACUUCACUCCGUGUCGUUGAUCCACGACCCCAAGUAUGCCGCCUCACAAGAUUAUGAUUCUAUAUUCACGACUGCUGUAGAAGCCUUAGAUGAUCUGGAGUCUUUGGAUUCAAGAUUCUCCAAGUUCAGAGCUUCGAUAUUCAGUGAUACAUCGGUCACUAUCGACAGAUUAGUGCAAUCAAAAGAACAAAAUAAAGAUUUGGACCGAACGGUAGCUGCAUUUUUGGCGCUAUUGUCUCCUUACUGGAAUCUCAAUAUCGCUCUCCAAGCUGCUGAAUGGCCGUUGCGUCGUUUUUCCAUCCAUAUUCACAACGCAGAAGUACUUUUGCUUUCAGUGUUGCCGUACUACGAUCAGCCAGUCUUUAAGCGUAUCCUCCAUGUUCUUCCAAGCUUCCCACAUUUCUUUGAAUGGCUGGCUAGUUUCAAGAAACUUGGUACUAAUCCUCCCAGGAGAUCCAUGAUCAAAUUUUUUGCUGACACAGAUUUCUACAAGCUAUAUGCACAAUUCGUGCUAACGCAAGUUUCUAGACAGAAUGAAUACGACAGACAAUUGGUGUUUUUUCUCUCCAUGUCCGUUUCAGCCAUAGGAGCAUUGGCCCCAGAACAAAACAGAUUUGUUAUCCUUUCUCCUAUUGUAUUGGAGACAGCUGGUUCUUUAUUGAAUAGCACAAACAAUGAUGCGAGAUUGACUGCUUACGCUUUGCUUUCUGUUCUGUCUGUUGCGACCCCUCUUUCCAGAGAUGUUAUUCUUGCCAGUAUCGACAGUAUAUUAUUCAAUUCCAACAAAUAUAUUGCUUCUCAAGCACUGGCAUCUGUGAUAAAGAUUUAUGAAACUUUACAAGAACGUCCUUUGGAUAUCCUCCCAGAACAUGUGUUCGAAAAGUUGGAAAAGUACUACUCAUUCAACAGUGAGUCUGAAACGUCUCAACUAUUUUUGAGUAAUCCCAGCAAUAACCGAUUUUUGACCGCAUACCUGUGCUCUCUGAUAUCUUAUAGAAAGGUCAAAGAUUUCAGUUCCGAGUUUUUCAAGCAGUUUGUUUUUAGUAAAGCUCAAUUAAAAAGGAUCUCUCAGGAGUUGUCCAAUCUGUUGAUAUCAGAUUCUGCAAUUGAAAACCUGGUUUCAAUCACUAGUUUGGUCAAAUUUCUUCUCUUCCUCAACGAACCUCUUUUUGUUGAAGUUCUUUCCGAAAAUGGGUUGGAUACUUCUUCAUUGGAGAUGAAGUUACAAUGUACACUUUUCUCCGAACAGGAUUUUCUCAGUCUUGCAACUGACAAAGAAGACGUCACGAUGGAGGAUAAGAAUACCUCUUAUGAUGAAGAGUCUAUCCAGAAGCAGAAGGUGAAGUCCUAUCUGUUCAUUAAUAGCAAUGAUUCGCAAUUUGAAGCUGCUUUGAAGCCAUUUUUUCUUUCCAUUGAAGCCAAUAAGUUUGACCACUUUUUAGCAAAUGCAUUUGUAUCAACUGAAGCUGCUGUCUCAUUUCUGAUAAGAGUAUCCAUAUCUCAAAGUUACCCUUUAAAGUCCAGAAUAUUUUCGUUACAUCAGUUGGAAAAAAUUCUCAAGAAACAGCCUGCUAAGACCGCUCUGCACACUCUUUUGCCAUUUUUACUCGUCGUUUUAUCUGAUCAAAGCGAAGUAAUUAGAUCAGCUGCUGUCGAUAUAAUUUUGUUCCUGAACUCGAGAAAGUCAAAGUCAUCGAAGGAGCUCUUCAUGGUUAAUGAGAUAUACGAACCAUCUAAAUCUAGGGAGGUUGCUAUGUUGAGCGCAGAAGACGGCCACAAAGUUAUUGCUCAAUUGGCUAAUCUAGCCGAUUCCUUGAAGAUCGAUAAUGAGCAGCUAUUUAGAGCCACAACCAAGAGUAUUUUAAAAGAAAAGAAACUGGGCCCAAUCUUUUUGACAUAUGUGGCAACUAAUGCUAAGGUGAUAACUAUACCACAAGUGUCAUAUGUGUUACUUUCAAUUGUAAUAGCUGGAGUUAGUUCAGUCAAACAUGCAUCACUGUCCCAGCUGUUUGAGGAUACCAUGAAAGAGUAUAUCUCUGAGAGGACCAAAUGGGAAGAAAGAUGUGAAAUUACCAAUUUCAAUGUGCGCAGCCUAGACCACCAACUGUUAGCAUUAGUCUCACCAAAGGAUAAAUCUGCUUUGGCCGUCAAUUUCUUAGUUAGUGCACUGAGUUCCAAAUUCCAAUCCUUAUCUGUGGAGGCGGUAUUAAGAUUAGAGCAAAUAUUCGAGUCUUUCAAGGAGGACCAGAAGCUAUUCAUUGUGCAACACGUUUUGGAAGAUGGUUAUUCAGAUACAGAAGAGGGUGAAGUUAGCAUUUAUUACGAUCCUCUGGAACUUUUGCAAUCUCUGGAAUUAAACGGCGAAAUUUUUACCACCAUUUUGAAAGACUUAACCAAAACUUCCACAGAGAAUGUGGAAGCCAAUGGUGGUGUAGCCAAGCGAAGAAGAAGAUCUUCUGCAUCUACUAGGCAAGCUAUGAAAGAUAAAGAAAUUUUCAACGUGGCUUCCGAACAUUUGAAAAAACUCACGAUUGUGCUAGAGUGCUUGGAGAAAGCGUCCGCUUCAAAACGGUUUGAAUCUUCUCUCAAUCUUUUGAAGCUGUUGUUCAACGUUCUUAAUGAAUUGGAGACUCUUGGAGCGGAUGGUAAGCUUCCAAUCCUUUACGCUCAAGAAACUCUUGCUUCUACUAUGCUCAACAUUGUAAAGUUGUUGGAUGCCAAGAAAUUAGAUUUGUCAAAAGUGGAUUCAUCUUCCUUGCGUGCUGAUAUGAUUGUCUCUACCAUUAGAUCUUCGAACUCACCUCAGCUCCAGAAUAAGUUCUUGCUAGUCGUUGCAGCUUUGGCUUCAUUAUCACCUGAGAUUGUUCUACACUCCGUCAUGCCUAUUUUUACUUUUAUGGGGGCUCAAACCUUGCGCCAGGAUGACGAAUUUUCCAGCUAUGUGGUAGAGAAUGCCAUAUCAAGUGUUAUCCCAGCUCUUGCCAAACUGGACAACAACAAGCAAAGUGAUGAGGUUGAGUUUCUUCUCUCAAGCUUCGUCAGUGCCUUCCAGCAUAUUCCUAGUCAUAGAAGAGUUAAAUUGUUCACCAAAUUGGCCAACAUUCUUGGAAGCAAUCUUUCAAUCCAUUACAUAUUACUUCUUUGUGGUCAACAAUAUGCCUAUUUCUUUGCCAAACACAAGAUUCCAGAAACUGUUGCUCUGGUAAAUUUUGCGUCAUCGUUUUUGAAAAACUUCUCCCCUAAUGACCAGUUAGAUGUCUUCAAGGGCUACAUUGGACUUUGGACGCAGAUUCCACCUCAACCUUUGGAUAAGGAUAGUCCUCUUGCCAUAGAACUCGGAUCUAGGCCUAUCUUUACAACACAGUUGGUUUCCUCAACGGCAGGAGAACUUUUCAAUUUGAGAUCAUGUUUAAUCGCCUUCAUUGACAAGGCUUUGACCAACGACGAUAGCUUAACUGGAAGUUCAGUCCCUAGUUUACGUCUGAAGAUUGCAUCUGUUCUUUGUUCUCAAAACAGGCAGGAAGAAAUUGAUAAUAUUCUUUCCAGUUUCGGAGCUUUAUUAGAACAAGUUUUGUCCUUGCUAGAUUCUUCUUCGAUACAACCUGAAACUGAAAUCUCGCAGGGAUACUAUAAACUGUUGACUGAUCUGCUUGGAUUGCUGCCUAUUGAUCAAUUCGUUAUAUCGAUCGCUGACAUUUUUGGUAGAGGUGAUACAUCUAAUGUCUCUCUGAACAUCAAGAGACAUUUGACUACACUUGCUGGCUCCAAGCUUGAACUGGAAAACACUGAUAAUGAAAAGGUUAAGGAAACCAUUCGAGAUCUCAUUCCAAUUUUGUUUGAUAACAUAGUCACUUCCACUAAUGUAGAAUUGACGCAAGCGUCAUUGGACACAUUAAGUAUUGUUUUCAUGAAAAUGAAUGAAUCUUUGGAAAGUUCAGUGUUUACAAGAGCCUUGGAAAUCAUCACAUCCGAAAAGAAGCUAUUAACUCAGCCCGCACCUGAAUUGUUGAUUUCUUCCAUUAACUGCGUUUCCACCAUCAUCAACAUUGUGGGCGUCAAAAUGAUUGGAUUCUUCCCUAAGAUUAUUGCCCCAGUAUUUGAAACUUUUAGAAGCAUUGAGACCCCUAGUUCUGACAAUGAAGAUUUUAAAUCAAUAGAUUCUGAUGAAGAUGAGGAAGAGCAAGAGGAACUUUUGGAUUCAGAAUCAAAGGAGCUAACCGAAACGGCUAUUUUGGUACUUUUCUCCUGCAUGAUCAGGAGAAUCCCUGCAUUCUUAACUCCUAACAUUCAGGAAAUAUUGGAACUGAUUUUCAGGGCUGAUUCUGUCCCAGAAUCUACCAGAGUGUCCGUGCUGGACGCCAUCAAUGCUCAUGUGGAGUUGUCUAUUGUACUAAAAUCAUUGACUUCGUUGUGGAGUAACGUAUCCAAACUGAACCCCACAUCAAUCGGACUUUUCCUGUACUGCAUGGAGAGCACUAUCGAGAAAAUUGACAAAAGAUCUGCUAUAAACCAAGCAACUUCAUUUAUGAAGUUUUUGUUUGCAACCUUUGAGUAUCGCACAAGAUCCAAGUUUGAGAUCAACACUGUAAACAGAAUUGAGGCGUCCCUCUUUAGUUCUGGUAUCCAAUAUGUGAUGAAACUCAACGAUAAAACUUUCCGGCCAAUAUUUGCUAGUAUGGGUAGAUGGGCGUUUGCAGGAGAGAAUGCUCCUCAUACUCUCUCUGAAGUUGAUCGUUUGAAGGCAUUCUUCAGGUUCUUCAACAAAAUGCAGGACAGUUUAAAGGGUAUCAUCACGUCUUACUACAGCUACAUCUUGGAGGACGUUAUCGCCUUACUAAGGAGAUUCUCUAGCGGAGAAUUGGUCGAUUUAUCACUUCGCCGCUCAACUUUAGUUUCCUUGAUUUCCUCUUUCAAAUACGACCAACAAGAAUACUGGCACUCACAGACAAGAUAUGAUUCUGUUUCCAAGGCAUUGGCUGAUCAGUUGGUAAACAUUGAAGAAGAUGUUGGCAAACAAUUGGUCAAGGCCCUUGCAUUCCUGGCCCAAGACUGUUCAACCGAUGAGCACAACAAGCAAUUGAAUGACCUGUUACUGAAACACUUGAAGAGUGAAUGUAAGUCAAGAGAAAAGUACUGGACUAUUCAAGCUGUGCAACUGAUCUACAAGAAGGUCGGUGAGAACUGGUUAAGUCUGCUACCACAGUUGAUUCCUCUCAUUGCAGAGCUAUUGGAGGACGACGAUGAAGAGGUUGAGAUGUUGGUUAGAAGCAACUUAGUUGGAGUCAUCGAAGGUGUCUUAGGAGAACCAUUAGACCUAUAUUGA